AUGGAAGCGCCUGCAGUGGCGACGGAGGCAACGGCAGCUGCCUCCUCGUCCUCGCGCAAGCGGCCAGAGGAGACUUCCGAUGGCGACCGGCCAUCGAAGCGCAGAAGGCUCAGUCAGGCUUCCAUCCUUUGCAUGCGAGAGCUCUUCCGGACCGUCGUCAACGAUGGUGACAUGUCUGAGGACAAGCGCAUCCUCCUGCAAAAUGCUGGCGUGCUUCUCUCCCAGGUGGAUGGGAAAACCUGGGUCAGCUUCCCGGACAACCAAGGCGAACUCAAGGAGCUUUCAUCUCAGCAGCUGUCAAAGCUGCGACCCUUUUUGGGCGAUGUGGCGGAGGAGCUCAAGAAGCAGGAAGCACAAUUACUUUGCGAUGAGAGCGCAGGCUCGGACCAGUUUGACUGCCUGGAAUUGACGAAAGUCCCUUGG